AUGAAUUGUCCAUCGCGGCCAGAUGAAAUCGAGGGCCAUCCAGACUGGAACCAGAGUCCGCACGCCCUCAGCGCGGACCUGACAACCAGGGCCGACCUCAACGGGAUCGUCAAUCUCAGAGAACAGCGACAGAACAAAUCAAGUCUCGACAACAGCGAACAAGAACUGAUAGAUCUCUUGCCUCUCAAUGCACCGGAUCCUCCACUGGUCAAACGAAAGACCGCCUCCUCCGUCAAGGUUGAACCAGAAAAUCAGCAGCAAUCCGGUACCUUGGGAAUUCAACAACCCCCUUACCCUCCCCAGCGGAAGACGAAUUUGCAAACAGCCUCCGGCCUUCUCAACAAAGCCGUCGUCACGCUCCAAAAGUACGCCAAGUUCGUCGGACCAGGCUUCCUCAUCGCCGUGGCAUAUAUCGACCCAGGAAACUAUGCGACCGACGUCCAAGCCGGCGCGGCCACGCGCUACCGUCAUCUGUUCGUCAUUCUACUCUCCAACUUAUUCGCCAUAUUCCUACAGUCUCUCUGCAUCAAACUUGGAAGUGUGACCGGCUUGAAUCUCGCCGAAAACUGUCGAAAGCACUUACCAAAAUGGCUUACCAUCAUUCUUUAUCUUUUCGCUGAGGCGGCAAUCAUUGCCACCGAUAUGGCAGAGGUCAUAGGAUCGGCAAUCGCAUUAAAUCUGCUUUUGCACAUCCCUUUGGUCGCGGGAUGUGCCAUCACGCUCAUCGACGUUUUACUCCUACUUCUUUUCUACAAGCCAGACGGCUCGAUGAUGCGCCUACGCGUUUUCGAGUACUUUGUCAUGGGUCUUGUGCUCGGUGUCAUGAUCUGCUUUUGCAUUCAACUAUCUUAUAUCAGAGACACUUCGGCAGCAGAAGUCUUUAAGGGUUAUCUACCCUCAGCCGCAGUGGUUCAAGGCAACGGCAUCUAUCUUUCCUGCGGCAUCAUGGGCGCUACAGUCAUGCCUCAUUCUAUCUUCCUUGGUUCCGGAGUUGUCCAGCCUCGCUUGAAGCAAUUUGACGAACGAAACGGUCUUAUCAUGAUUCUGGACGAAACGGACGAUGAUGCCGAAAAGUAUCGACCAUCAGUCAGCGCCAUUCGAUCCUGUCUGAAAUACUCGGUUGCGGAGCUAGCUUUCUCCCUUUUCACUUUCGCUCUUUUUGUCAACUCCGCGAUCCUCAUUGUUGCGGGAUCAUCUUUGUACCCUCAGACUGCGGCGACAGACGCAGAUCUGUUUGGCAUACACGACCUGCUCAGCAAGAAUCUGUCGAAGGCUGCUGGAACUAUAUUCGCCCUGGCGCUGUUGCUAUCAGGGACGUCUGCGGGCAUCGUGUGCACAAUGGCAGGCCAAAUGGUGUCGGAGGGCAUGCUUCAAUGGACGAUCAAGCCUUGGAUGCGAAGGCUGAUAACACGGUCCAUAAGCAUUACUCCCAGCAUCAUCAUCGCCGCAGCUGUAGGCAAGGAGGGGUUGAAUCAAGCUCUGACAGCCAGCCAAGUCGCCCUCAGCGUCAUCCUGCCCUUUGUCACAGUACCGCUUGUAUGGUUUACAUGUCGAAGCCACAUCAUGAGUGUGCCGAACGAAGUGGGCGUCCGCGGUGGUGAGCUCGUCAAUAUGCGCAACGGCUGGGUGGUAGCAACCCUUGCCGUGGUCAUUUGGCUGGUCCUCGUCGUGAUGAACGUUGCUUUACUUGUUCUGGUUGGCCUGGGAAAGGCCUGA